GACAGUUGACGCUCGCCCGACAAGACACCGCACGAUCGCUGAACGGUACGCAUCAAACAAAUGCCGCGCUUUCAACAAAACAAUUGAAUUAUGACUAAAAAGUUGAAAACAAGUGAAGUUUAUAUUAAAUAAUCAGAGUAUUUUGUGUGACAAUAAGUUUCUCUGUGACAGUUAUGCAAAUUAUAAUUUCAACGUUUUUCGUGCUCGCGCUUUUGCAAGCACCAGACCUCACAAGAGGAGAAGACUUCGGAUACGAUGGCAACAUCGGUCCAACGCACUGGGGCGAGCGCUACCGAGAGUGCACGGGCAAGCACCAGAGCCCUAUCAACAUCAACGUGCUGCGCGUGAAGCACGUCACGCUGCCCGACAUCGAGUUCGUCGGCUUCGACGACUCGAUCGACGACGUUCACGUCACCAACAACGGGCACACUGUUCUGAUAGAGGUGGAAAACGAACCACAUCCGCGAGUACGCGGCGGGCCGCUAGAGGGCGACUACAUAUUUAGCCAGAUGCAUUUCCAUUGGGGUGAUAAUGACACUUUCGGCUCGGAGGACAAGAUCAACCAUAGAAGUUUCCCCAUGGAGCUGCACAUGGUGUUCUACAAGGACCAGUACCACACCGCCAAGGAGGCCGUCAAACACAGCGACGGGCUCGCUGUGCUAGCUUUCUUUUACGAGCUCGACCGCCACCUGCACCCCGCCUACGACGACAUCACGUCAGCGCUCGGGAACGUCACGGAACCCCACGCGACCGUAGUCAUGAGCAACCCCUUCUCGUUCCUCAACAUUCUGCCGUACGACCUGCGGCGGUACUUCACGUACAGGGGCUCGUUGACUACACCGCCGUGCUCGGAGGUCGUCACUUGGCUGGACUUCGAGCAGCCUGUGAGACUAGCUCAUGAGCAGAUAGAGCUAUUCCGCGAGCUAAAAUCAGCCCACGGCAAGAUCCGUCACAACUUCCGACCCAUCCAGCCAAUCGGCGACCGCGUCGUUUUCUACAACAUCGACAACAACUACUUCAGCUACAACGAGUUGGACGACCCUAGCGAGGAAACUACUACCACUAGACCGAGGAGGAGGAAGGGGAAUGGGGCGGGGAGGGCGAAGUUGUAUUUGAGUUUAAUGUUGCUGUCGAGUAUAGUCGUAAUGAUUGUCCUGUAAUGAGUCCUAUGUCCUACUCGUAUUAGCCAUAACAUCUUUUCUUUUUUUACGGUUUAUUAUAGACAAAUCACUAAGGCUGGAGGUAGAGAAAAAUAUUGGUGCGACGAGACUAGAUGGCGCUGUACGGCAACAUACGUUUCAUGGAAACCACCACCCCACUAAGGCCAAAGAGAGGUGGUGAGAAAACUUCCGACCCAUCUAACCGAUUGGCGAUCGCAUCGUAGCCAUAAAAUGUUUUGUCUUAUCCGCUUUACUUUACCAUAGGCAUAGACUAAAGAUGCGCAAAUUAGAGCAAAAUGUAGUUCCCAAGAAGACACCAAUAGGUGGCGCUAUACGUUUUACAAUCUUCGGUAAGUCAACUGUUAAAAAUUAGCGCUUGACAAUCUAAUUACCAUACAAUAUGCGAAACUGUAUGGAGCAGUCUAUACUUCAGUAGUCAAAUUUGUAGAUACAAUAUUUUGCACCACUUUACGCGUCUCAGUAAUGUUUGUCCAUGGUUUCAAUUAAUGUUUCUUAAUACCUAAGACUACAAAAUAUGUUUUAUUAAUAUCUUCAGGAUUGUUUUAUUAAUUUAAUUUAAUGAUAAAUCUAUUUAUACCUAUUUGGUAAAUUGAAAGGUUGUCAAUGAGAUGCCAUGUGUAAAUUUGCCACCAUGCCAUUUUUAACAGUUUUUCAGCCAUUAGCUGACCUCAUAAUACCAAUGUAAUACUAAUAAGUAUGAAUUGUGACUUGUAUGGUAUGAAUAUGAAUAAGGUUGACCUUACUUUAGAUCGUUAUUUAUGAAAUAAUAAAGAGUUGAAUAGCUAAAUAGUAAUCACAUCCAUAAUCCAUUACUUAUACCUAUUUUAGCUGUUUGAUCAAUGAAUUAUUACUUAUAACUAACUUCAAUAAUAUAAAUAGAACAAAUCACUUGAUUACGAGAUUUUCAAGAAAUAUGUUUAAACAAUUGUGACGAUGUAUAUUAUUCUGAAUGGAAAAUGAAAUUUUACUUUUGAAUUGGAGAAUUGAAUAGCUCAAUAGUAAUCACAUUAAAAAGCCAUUAUAAUAUUAUUAUUAUUGCCUUGUUUUUGUUACUGGUGUUCCAGAUGUUUGAUAAAUUAAUUCUUAAUUAUAGGAAAUCAUGGUUGUCAAUAAAUAACUUCUAUAACAUAAAUACACCUAGCAAAUAACCUGCUUACGAGAUUAUCAAGAAACAAGUUUUGAAAUCAAAUUUUACUUUAUUAUGAUUAUGAAUUAUAAUUUACUGUUUUUUAACUGUUAUUUAACAACCAGCUAUAAGUAAACAAGUAAAGGCAUGUAUAUAAUUAAUGAAACCAUGACAUUAUUUUUUAUGCAAAUAUCAGCCUUUAUUUAUAGUUAAAUAUAAUUAUUGAAGUAACUAAACAUACAUACAAUAUUAUUUAUGGGUUGUUAAACAAAAACAAUAAAAAGAUUUAAACUAUCUUUUUAAUAACCUAUUUUUUUAUUGUAAGAGUUAAAAAAAAACACAUUUAAGUAAAAUGUCAAAAACUUUUUAUAGUUACAGAAUAGAUACAGAAUAAUUAUCAAAUGACACUAUCCAAUAUAAUGUUUUGUGUUUUCUUAACCUUUAACUUAAGGCAUUGUAAUAAAUAUUUAGUGGAAUUAUAUUUAAGUAGAACAAACUAUAGAUAGAUGUUGCAAUAUUAUAAUAAAUGACUGAAAAUGUAUGAAUCAGAUGUGGUUAGAGAUUAUUAAAUGAUUAAGUGUGAUUUAAUUUACUGUGAUAUGUACACAAUUAUAUUUUUGUGAUAAAAAUAUGA